AUGGAGCGGCAGUCGGCUCUGCAGCAGAUGCAGCAGCAGCAGCAACAGCAGCAGCGGCGGCGGCGGCUGUGCCUCGCUGCUGUGCUGCUGCUCCUCCUGCUGCUGUUCCCAAUACACCCACAGCAGCAGCAGCAGCAGCAACUGCUGCUGCUGUCUUGCACUGCACACACUGUGAUCCGUACACAACAACCAUCCCGCCUCCUUUUUGUCCCCUUUCCUUUGCUGCAGAGGCAGCAGCAGCAGCAGCCACACUGGCAGCAGCUGCAGCAGCAACAGCAGCAACAGCAGAACUGGCCGGUUGUGGCGGCAACGCAGCAACAUCCACAAAACUCUCCUUACCUAGGACGACGUCCACCAGCAGCCGCUGCAGCAGCUGCAGCUGCAGCAGCAGCAGCAGCAGCAGCAGCAGCAGAAGUAUCCCCAGCAGGAGGAGCAGCGGCUGCAGAAUUAGGUGCAACAGGAGAAGCAGCAGCAGCAGCAGCAGCUGCUGCUGCUGCUGCUGCUGCUGAUGGUGGUGUUGGCGGUUCCUUAUAUCUGUCAAGUUUGCCUGCAGGAUAUCUUAAAGGAAAAAGAGUUCUUGCUGGCCUGCAGCCUUCAGGCUCGCUGCAUGUGGGGCAUCUGCUGUCGACGCUGCUGCCGCUGCAGCAGCAGCAGCAGCAAGGGGCAUUGACACGGCUGCUGCUGUGUGACACGCAUGCACUGUACACCCGCGAGGAUCGGCUCCGCAGCAGCAGCAGCAGCAACAGCAGCAACAGCAGCAGCAGCAGCAGCAGCCGCUAUGAUAUAAGCAGCAGCUCUAUUGAGGCACUAGCGAUGGCUAUGGCUUGUGGCAUCCGCCCUAUGAGUCUUGUAAGGAAGGAAUACAAGCAGCAGCAGCAGCAGCAGCAGCAACAGCAGCAGCAGCAACAUAAGCAGCAGCAGCAGCAGCAGCAGCAGCAAGGAGGCACCCUGGUGCUGCUGCAGAGCUUAUGCCCAGAGCAUGCACAGCUGGCAGCUUGGCUACAAAGUAUUGUCCCUCUUAAUUGGGUGCUGCGCUGCAGUGCUGCUCGUGAGUCUUACGAAGCGCCGGGCUUUGUGUCUUCUAUAGGAAGUUUUUUGUAUCCUCUGCAGAUGGCAGCAGAUAUCUUGCUGCAUGCAGCAGAUUAUGUCUUAGUAGGCUCUGAUCAGCAGCAGCAUAUAGAGUUUACUAGGGGGGUAGCUCGUCGGGUGUAUACGCAGCUGCAUGCAGACAGCAGCAGUAUAUCCCCUGGUACUGAUGGGGUACCAGGGGGGCCCCCUAAUGCACCAUCGGUACCCUGGGGGCCCCCAGCUGAACCAUCGGUAGUACCCGGGAAGGGGCCUAGUGGAACUGCCUCACCCUGGGGGCCCUCUGCUGAACCAUCGGUACCCUCAGGGGCCCCUGCUGAACCGUCGGUACCCUGGGGGCCCCCUAAUAUGAAGGAUAUGGGGCCCCGGUGCCUCCAAGCUUCUCCUCUUGCUGCUAAGAUUUGCUGCUUACGUCAGCCGCAUGCAAAGAUGAGCAAAUCUGCUGCUGCUGCUGCUGGCCGUCUGCAGCUAACAGAUACACCGCAAACAAUUGCAGCAAAAGUAGCAAAAGCUGUUACGGAUAACCUGCCAGGUGCAUGCACGUACCCCGACCUGCUGCUGCUGCUGCUGCUGCUGCUGCUGCAGCAACAGCUACGCGAAAUGCGAAGACGACAGCUGAUGCAGCACAUGGAGCAACAGCUACAAUUGCUUGAGCACAAACAGCAACAGCAGCAGCAACAGCAGUAG